CCGCGCAGUUAACAACACCCGGGGGCAGGCCCAGCCCGCCCACCGCAGGAAGGAGCUUUCAAAAGGUCCUCAAGCGGAAGCAGAGUCUUCGGGUUCUUAGAGGAAAGGCUUGAUGAUCCAAAACAGUCACUGACAGUGGUCAGGAGAGCUGAAUUUUAAUCCUCUGGCCAAAACACUGUGUAACCUUGGACCAAUGCUCUGCCCUCGGUAUCUCUGCCUGCCUGCACUAUGGAGUUAAAAAUUACAGUGUAGGGGCUUCCCUGGUGGCGCAGUGGUUGAGAGUCCGCCUGCCGAUGCAGGGGAUGCGGGUUCGUGCCCCGGUCCGGGAAGACCCCACAUGCCGCGGAGAAGCUGGGCCCGUGAGCCAUGGCCGCUGAGCCUGCGCGUCCGGAGCCUGUGCUCCGCAACGGGAGACGCCACAACAGCGAAAGGCCCGCGUACCGCAAACAAAAAAAUUACACAGUGCUUGUACGGACGCUGCAAGAACGAGAUGUGCGUUCCAAAUGGGAGUAUGAUGAAAGCCAUGUGAUUACAGCCCGUCUUGUAAAGAAGAGGGCAGGUGAAUAUCUUAUCCCGGAGUCUGUGGAUCUGGAGUGUGUGGAACACUGUGUGGUGUAUGAUAACAACACCAGCUCCCUGAAUGUCAUCCUAAAAGGUGACAACGACGAUGACAACACUGAUGAAGGCGAUCAAGGAAUUGUGCUUGGAGCUGCCGUUGAGUGUGGCAGAACCCUGACUCACCUUGCCCGCCACCCCAUCCGUAUCCUGAGAGGAGGCUACGAGAGCUUCUCGGCCAUGUACCACUUCUUCCGGACACAGAAGAUCAUCUGGAUGCCACAGGAACUGGAUGCCUUCCAACCGUACCCUGUUGAGAUAAUGCCAGGCAGGAUCUACCUGGGAAAUUUCAGGCAAGCCUGCGACCCUAAAAUUCAGAAGGAUUUGAAAAUCAAAGCACAUGUCAACGUCUCCAUGGAGACAGGGCCGUUUUUUGCAGGUGACGCCGACAAGCUUCUGCACAUCCAGAUAGAAGAUUCCCUGGAAGCCAACAUUACACCCUUUUUACGCCACCUCUGUCACUUCAUUGAAAUUCACCUGGAGCUUGGCUCUGUCAUCCUGGUCUUUUCCACCAUGGGCAUCAGUCGCAGCUGUGCGGCCAUCUUGGCCUACCUUAUGCACCGAAAUGAGCAGACCCUGAAGAGGUCCUGGGCCUACGUCAAGAAGUGUAAAACCAACAUGCGUCCAAAUCGGGCUUUGGUGGCUCAGCUGUCAGAGUGGGAGAAGGUUAUCCUUGGAGACAGCGUCACAGACAUCUUGGAUCCACUCUACUGAUUUUCUCUGUGGCCCAGCUAUGGGUCCAGAAGAACCUGCCUUGGGAGCUUUUUGUGGGUAGUGGGCCAGGGUGUGUAACCAGGAAUGAGAAGGCCUUUGCUGCCUGGAGCCUUGUGUCAGCCUCCCGCAGUGCU